AUUCAUCCAUUCUAUAAAUAUGAUGAACAUGAAAUUUCAAAAAUCAUUAAAAAUCCAAUGGAUUUAUUUACCAUAAAUUCAAAAUUAGAAAAUAAUCAAUAUACUAGUACAGAAGAAUUUGAAAAUGAUAUUCGUCUUAUAUUUCGUAACUGUUAUACAUAUAAUAAAUUAGGAAGUGAAAUGUAUACUUUG